UAAUAACUCUUUGGUCUAUUCCGUAUUCUGAAGGCAUCUUAUCGACUGCGUUAGCAAGACACACAGGUAAUUCCUAUUAUAGACAUGGUUUAAGAAGCGAAGAUGAUAUGAAACAUCUGUACAAUAAUAAUUUUAGCGAAGAUGAGUUAAUUGCUAUAAAUAAUUACAAAAGUGGAAACGCGCCCAAUUUCAAAGCGACAGAUAAUGUUUUCGAUGACAGUUUGUUUGACAAUAGACGGAUUUUCGGCUGGGUAUCCAAAUUAUUGAGAAAAAAUAAAAACGAAACAUCCCCCAAACAACCGAGAUAUGAAGACUUGAUAAAUGACAAAAUAUUUUAUUUGCAUUUAAGCAGAAAUCUAACAGAUAAUCUGACGAAACUAACGAAUGUACUAGAUCAUUUUACGAAGUCUCUCAAAGAGAAACCUUUAAUAAAUGGCAUAAGAAGAGUAUCGAGGUCGGUAGACGAUGUUCAAAAUAAAACAGAUGUUAAUGAAAAUAAAGUUACUAUGAAUAGCACAGAUGAAACAAAAGAAAUAGGCACAGAUAAUAAAACGUCAGAUGACGGUUCAAAUAAGACAAUCAAUACGGCAGAAGAAACGAAAGAUGAAACAGAAAAACCAAAUCAACCUAGUGGAAGGAGAUCAUUUAAAUCAGUCGAAUUGGAACAUAAAUUGCUUUCAGCUAUCAAUGACACUUUAAACGUCAUACAGUAUAAAAUAAGAACCGUCUCGAACAUUCAAGAACUAUUUUCCGAUAGGCUUAUGUACAAAGUCGGUUACAUAGCUGGUUCAUUGACAGCUGUCAAAGGUCUUAUAGAUGAAUUACAAAUGAAUGUUGUGAAAAAUGACACUGAGUUAGAUGAUAAGUAUAUCCUAUAUAUGUACGACACUGUUAAUCGAAUUAAAGAUAGUUCUGGACGUCUUUUAGAGUUGCUAAAUGUGUAUGUUGAUAAAGCGACCAGUGAACUUAUUGCAUUCAAAUAAAACCU